UCAUGUUAAAUAGACCCUAUCGGACUGCAAUUUGCAAGGCAAAGCGAGUUGGUUUUAAGGACACUUUACCUGAUGAUUUACUGCCACCUGUUUUAAAGGCAGUCAUAGAGAGAACAAAUUUGAACCCAAGUGAGGUGGGGGAUGUAGUUGUUGGUACAGUUAGGGCACCUGGCUCACUUAGAGCCACUGAGAGCAGGAUGGCAGCAUUUUACGCUAGCUUCCCGGAUACGGUUCCCAUCAGAACAGUCAACAGGCAAUGUUCAUCUGGCCUUCAGGCAGUUGCUGAUGUAGCUGCUUCUAUAAAAGCAGGAUAUUAUGACAUUGGCAUUGCUGCUGGAGUGGAAUCCUUGACAGUUGAUAAACUUGGCAGAUCCCGUAAAAUUAACCCUAAAGUGGAUAUCUUUGCACAAGCCCGCGACUGCCUUCUUCCGAUGGGUAUUACUUCUGAAAAUGUUGCACAACGUUAUGGUGUGACUCGGGAGGAGCAAGACACAGCUGCUGUUGAAUCACAUAGGCGUGCUGCUGUAGCCACAGCAUCUGGUAAAUUCAAAGAUGAAAUUGUCCCUGUAUCAACUAAGAUUGUGGACCCAAAAACCGGAGAGGAGAGGCCUGUUACAAUUUCUGUGGAUGAUGGUAUCCGACCAAAUACAAACAUGAACGAUUUGGCAAAGCUACAGCCUGCAUUUAAACCAGAUGGUUCUACAACUGCAGGAAAUGCUAGCCAGGUGAAAAGAAGUUUAGCUAUGCAGAAGGGACUUCCUAUUCUUGGUGUUUUCAGGAGUUUUGCUGCCAUUGGUGUGGAUCCCGCUGUCAUGGGAGUAGGUCCAGCUGCUGCAAUUCCAGUAGCCGUGAAAUCUGCUGGUCUUGAGCUUGAUGAUAUUGAUCUGUUUGAGAUAAAUGAGGCAUUUGCAUCUCAAUAUGUUUAUUGUUGCAAGAAAUUGGGGCUUGAUCCUGAAAAAGUCAAUGUUAACGGAGGCGCUAUUGCUCUAGGCCAUCCUUUAGGCGCUACAGGUGCUCGUUGUGUAGCAACUCUCCUGAAUGAAAUGAAGCGUCGUGGCAGGGAUGGCCGCUUUGGUGUUAUUUCCAUGUGCAUAGGCUCAGGUAUGGGGGCUGCUGCAGUUUUUGAAAGAGGGGAUUCAGUUGAUGAGCUAUGCAACGCUAGAACUGUAUAAAGCAACAAUCUUGUGUCAAACGAUGCUAAAUAAACACUUGUUUAAAGCAACAAUCUUGCAGGUUUCUUGCUGUUAUGCUUUUUAUAUUAUGGACUUUGUCCGUUAA